UUGUCUCUUUCGUUUCUGGUCGAGGCUAUAAGGCUACCUCGCCCCCCGCCUCAACUCCCCGUAUGCCCCAAUGGGAGGCGGAGCGAACGAUUAUAAAAAGCGGCGUGGUGGGCGAAAAAUUUUAUUCCGCUUCAGGACUCGCAUCGUGUUGCAAGUGUUGUACAUUAGUGCGUUUUUAAACUGUUAAACUAGCAAAAUGACCGGUCGCGGCAAGGGAGGUAAAGGCUUGGGAAAAGGCGGAGCGAAGCGUCACAGGAAAGUACUUCGUGAUAACAUCCAGGGUAUUACGAAGCCCGCCAUCCGACGUCUCGCUCGAAGAGGCGGCGUGAAGCGUAUCUCCGGUCUGAUUUACGAGGAGACUCGCGGCGUGUUGAAGGUGUUCCUCGAGAACGUGAUCCGCGACGCCGUCACUUACACCGAGCACGCGAAGAGGAAGACCGUCACCGCUAUGGACGUCGUAUACGCCCUAAAACGUCAAGGACGUACCCUGUACGGUUUCGGCGGUUAAAGGCGAGCAGCAGCAGCAAGCGAAAUCUUGCCGGCUCUCGGCUCUUAGCCACGAGACGAGCGUUAUUAUAUUUCUGUCCAUUUAUAAUAUCAAUGGUCGGAUAAUAAUUAUUUCGGCACUGUCAAAAGGCCCUUUUCAGGGCCGCAUAUAUAUCUAUACACGUUUGAUAAAGUUUCUAUGGUGUAUGACAUGGACGUAUCGUCUUAAUUAAAACGCUUCAAUUUGUGAUUUUUUUUUUUC